GUAGAAAAGGAAAUACAUUGGAAAAACGAAAAAGUGAGAAAGAAAAAAAGCCGAGAAGAAGGUGGACUCCGAAAAAAUAAUGCGGUUUGUCGCUGCUUAAACCAUUGGAAAAUCAAUGGAAACCUUUACCCAUCUUUUUGUCUACUCUUUCUUCUUCUCCCUUUUAAGAACCUCCAUUACACAAGACACUAUUACUGCAAGUCAAUCCAUCAGAGACGGUGGCACUUUAGUUUCAGCUGGCGGAUCAUUUCAAUUGGGAUUCUUCAGCCCAGGUAAUUCCAAAAGUCGAUAUGUGGGGAUAUGGUAUGUGAUAUCUCCGGAGAUAGUUGUCUGGGUAGCCAACAGAGAUGCUCCGCUUAGCGAUCACUCAAGUAUUCUUAAGGUAACUGGUGACGGAGUUCUUGUGCUUCUUAAUAGCACGAAUGGUAUUGUUUGGUCAUCUAAUACAUCAAGAACCCCUGAAAAUCCAGUUGCGCAGCUCUUGGACACCGGGAAUCUUGUUGUUAAAGAUAGAAAUGAUGAUAACAAAGACAACUUUUUGUGGCAGAGUUUUGAUUAUCCUUGUGACACACAACUACCGGAAAUGAAGAUUGGAUUGGAUUUAGUAACUGGUCUAGAUAGGUUUUUAUCAUCUUGGAAGAGCACGGAUGAUCCUGCUCAAGGUGAGUAUUCAAUACGCAUAGAUCCUCGUGGGCUUCCGCAAAGGGUUGUGAUGAAGGGAGAUUCAAUAAAGACUAGAGCUGGGUCAUGGAAUGGCCUUGGUUUUACGGGUUAUGCGUUAAGAUCGAAUCCAGUAUAUGAGUAUGGAUUCGUGUUGAAUGAGAAGGAGGUCUAUUACGAGUACAAACUCUUAAACAAAUCUGUUUUCUCAAGAUAUGUGCUAAACCCAUCAGGCGUUGCACAGCGAUUCAAUUGGGUGGAUCGGACACACAGUUGGGAGCCUUUCUUUACAUCCCAGGCAGAUGCGUGCGAAAAUUAUGCCGUAUGCGGUGGAUAUGCUGCCUGCAACAUCAAUAACUCACCUGUAUGUGCAUGCUUGGAAGGAUUCUUACCCAAGUCUCCAAAACAGUGGGAUUCAGUAGAUUGGUCUGAUGGGUGUGUUCGAAGGACUUCUUUGAAAUGCGAAGAUGGAGAUGGAUUCUGGAAGCACAAGGGGGUGAAAUUGCCUGACACAUCUUCUUCCAGGUUCAACAAGAGCAUGACCCUCAAGGAAUGCGAAAGAAUGUGUUUGAAAAAUUGCUCCUGCACAGCAUAUGCAAGUUUAGAUAUGAGGGGAGAAGGAAGCGGCUGCGUGUUGUGGUUUGGUAGCCUAGUUGAUACAAGACAAUUCUCUAAGGGUGGGCAAGAACUCUAUAUAAGGACGGCCAUUUCCGAAUUGGGCCAACUUGAGAAAAAGAGGCACUCCAACAAGGAGAAACUAGUAGGAAUUAUAGUCAGCUCAACAUUACUAGUAGUGGGAAUGAUAAUAGUUGGAUUGGUCUCAUACAUAUGGAAGAAGAAACUCAAAAACCAAGAGAUGACAAAAAGAAAUCAAAUGAAGGAUUGUGACAAUGAAAGUGGGAAAGAAGAUAUGGAGUUACCGAUAUUUGAUUUGACAGUCAUAACAAAUGCCACAGAUAAUUUUUCAAACAGAAACAAGCUAGGAGAAGGUGGCUUUGGACCUGUGUACAAGGGUACAUUGCCAGAAGGGAGAGAUGUAGCUGUGAAGAGGCUUUCAAAUAAUUCUAAACAAGGACUGAACGAGUUAAAAAAUGAAGUUAUUUUGAUUGCUAAACUUCAACACCGUAAUCUUGUGAAGAUUCUCGGUUGUUGCAUUCAAAAAAAUGAAAACAUGUUAAUCUAUGAAUACAUGCCCAACAAAAGCUUAGACUGCUUUAUUUUUGAUCAAGCAAAGAGUAAAUUACUAAACUGGCAUAAGCGCAUCAACAUUAUUCGUGGUGUUGCUAAAGGGCUUCUCUAUCUUCAUGAAGACUCUAGAAUGAGAAUUAUCCAUAGAGAUCUCAAAGCUAGCAAUAUCCUUCUAGAUAACAAAAUGAAUCCAAAAAUUUCGGACUUUGGCCUGGCUAGAUCUUUUUGGGGAGAUCAAAUUGAUUCCGAGACCAAUAGGAUUAUUGGAACAUAUGGUUAUAUGUCUCCCGAGUAUGCGGUGCAUGGACAAUACUCAGUCAAAUCUGAUGUAUUUUGCUUUGGAGUUUUAGUAUUAGAGAUAGUGAGUGGGAAGAAGAACAGGGGAUUUUGCCAUCCAGACCACGAACAUAAUCUUCUUGGACAUGCAUGGAAACUUUGGAUUGAAGACAAACCAAUAGAACUUAUGGAUGAAUUGGUUGGUGACUUGUGCACUCUAUCUAAUGUAUUACGACACAUUCAUGUGGGUCUGUUAUGUGUGCAACAAAGACCAGAAGAUAGACCAAACAUGUCGUCUGUGGUUCAAAUGUUUAGCAGUGAGAAUUUAUUACCUAAGCCGAAACAACCGGGUUUCUUUACAGAUUCACCUAAAGCCGAUUCUUCUUCUAGCAAGCAUGGAACUUGUUCAGCAAACAAAAUCACCACUACAAUAAUUGAAGCACGAUAAACAAUGUCAUUUGAGAGCAAGUGUAUUUUUAUGAAUUUAUGUAAUCUUGAUUUCAACAUAUUUAGCUAAACAAAAAAACGUGUGGAAGCUGCCAUUCUAGUACUGUAUAAUUUUGUAACCUUGAUUUCAGCAGAAGGAUCAAAAAGAGAAAAAGGUGAUUAAAUAGGAUAGGCUUAGAGUUAAGGCUGCUUCUACUGUAUUUAUAUGAAUUAUUCAACCAGUGGAUAGUGUUUAGACGCUAGAUUUAGGACU